AUGGUUCUGGAUGGAACACCCAUCAAAUCAGGUUUGCCUAAGACAUACUACGAUGCAAAAAAGUGUGUAUCAAAGUUGGGAUUACAAUCGCAGAGGAUUGAUUGUUGCGUGGAUGGUUGCAUGCUUUUCUAUGAUAAUGAAUAUGGUAAGAAUGAUGGCGCGUUGCUUGAAUGCAAAUUUUGUGGAAAGCCAAGAUAUCAACCACGUAAGACGGGAGCAAGUACUACAAAACAAGUUCCUGUGAAAUCAAUGUUCUAUUUGCCAUUAAUUCCUAGACUACAAAGAAUGUAUGCGUCAACACAAACUGCAGGACACAUGACAUGGCACUAUGAGAAUAGGUCGACGAAUGGUGAUUUGCGUCAUCCGUGUGAUGGAGAGGCCUGGAAGCACUUUGAUAGAGUAUAUCCUGACUUUGGUAUNGAGCCACGCAAUGUACGACUCGGUUUAUGCUCUGACAGUUUUAACCCAUAUGUACAGGCAUCAAAUAUACCAUAUUCAUGUUGGCCAGUUAUUGUCACCCCUUACAAUCUUCCUCUAGAAAUAUGCAUGUCUAAACCUUACAUGUUCUUGACAUGUCUCAUUCCCGGGCCAUUCAAUCCAAAGGUUGGCAUAGAUGUUUACUUAGAGCCCUUGAUAAACGAAUUGAAGAAGUUGUGGACGAGUGUGAUAACAUAUGAUAUUUCAAGGAAACAAAACUUUAUUUUGAGGGCCAUGCUGAUGUGGACAAUUAAUGAUUUUCCUGCUUAUGGAAUGUUGUCCGGCUGGAGCACUCAUGGUAAACUAGCAUGUCCACAUUGCAUGGAGCAUGGAAAGGCUUUUAGAUUGUAUCAUGGGAGAAAAAAUUCCUGGUUUGACAGUCAUCGAAGGUUUUUACCAAAUGACCAUGCCUUUAGGAGGAAUAGAAAUGCUUUCAAGAAGGGGGAAGUGGAGAUGAAUGAUGCACCAUCAUAUGCGAUGGGAGCAGAAGUUUGGAAUAGAAUCAAGGGUUACCCUAAAAUAACUGAAAAUGGUGCCUCAAGAAUUGAUGGAUACGGUGAGUGGCAUAAUUGGACGAAAAGAAGCAUCUUUUGGGAUCUACCGUAUUGGAAGGAUAAUUUGUUAAGGCAUAAUCUUGAUUUCAUGUAUAUUGAAAAAAAUUUCUUUGACAACAUCUUCAAUACUGUGAUGAAUGUUGCAGGGAAGACAAAAGACAAUGAAAAGGCACGAAUGGAUAUAGCUUUGUACUGUAGACGAAAAGACUUGGAGCUAAAAAGUCAUAGCAAUGGAAACAUGUACAAGCUAAAAGCAAAUUAUACACUUUCAGCAGAUCAAACAAAACAAGUAUGUCAGUGGGUAAAAGAUCUUAGGAUGCCUGACGGAUAUUCUUCUAACUUGUCAAGGUGUGUUGAUGUGAAUAGGGGAAAACUCAUUGGGAUGAAAAGCCAUGACUGCUAUGUGUUUAUGGAAUGCUUACUUCCUAUAGCAUUUAGUUCUUUACCAGCUUAUGUUCUCAAUCCCAUUACAGAGAUAAGUCAUUUCUUCAGAGAUUUGUGUUGUACAAUACUUAACAACGAUGACUUAGUGAAGAUGGAAGAAAAAAUUCCAAUCAUUCUGUGCAAGAUGGAGAGAAUAUUUCCUCCCUCAUUCUUUGAUUCUAUGGAACAUCUCCCAAUCCAUCUUCCAUAUGAGGCAAGACUUGGUGGACCAGUCCACUAUAGGUGGAUGUACCCAUUUGAAAGGUGA